UUUUAAGGGCCACCCCCCUAAAAAACUAUUUUUUUUUUUUUUGUUGUAUUUUUGUUUCCGUCACAUUGUUCUCUCCCUUUAUCGAGGCGCUUACUCGACCCUCCUCCCCCAAACUCUAUCUCACUUUCUCGGACAUCGAAUUUUCUUAGAAAAUCGACGGGAAAAUGCAGCAACAGAGGCUGAAGCAGCAGCAGCAGCAGGCUCUGAUGCAGCAAGCUCUUCUUCAGCAACAAUCUCUCUACCACCCUGGCCUCUUAGCUCCUCCUCAGAUUGAGCCAAUUCCAAGUGGAAAUCUUCCUCCUGGUUUUGAUCCAAGUUCUUGCCGCAGUGUAUAUGUGGGAAACAUCCAUACCCAAGUAACAGAACCACUUCUCCAAGAAGUUUUUGCAAGUACCGGUCCCGUGGAAAACUGCAAGCUUAUUAGAAAGGAAAAGUCAUCCUAUGGGUUUAUCCACUACUUUGAUCGCAGAUCAGCUGCUCUUGCUAUACUGCAUCUGAACGGGAGGCAUUUAUUUGGCCAGCCUAUCAAAGUUAAUUGGGCGUAUGCUAGUGGCCAGAGGGAGGACACAUCAGGUCACUUCAACAUAUUUGUGGGUGAUCUCAGCCCUGAGGUUACAGAUGCUACGUUGUUUGCCUGCUUCUCUGUUUAUCCUAGUUGUUCAGAUGCAAGGGUUAUGUGGGACCAGAAGACUGGGCGGUCAAGAGGGUUUGGAUUUGUUUCUUUCCGGAGCCAACAGGAUGCACAAAGUGCAAUAAAUGACUUAACUGGUAAGUGGCUUGGUAGUAGACAGAUACGCUGUAAUUGGGCAACAAAAGGGGCUGCAUCCAAUGAAGACAAGCAGAGCUCAGAUGCCAAAAGUGUGGUAGAACUAACAAAUGGCUCAUCAGAAGAUGGCAAAGAGACAACAAAUAAUGACGCUCCAGAGAAUAACCCUCAGUAUACCACUGUUUAUGUGGGCAAUCUUGCUCCAGAGGUCACUCAACUUGAUCUCCAUCGCCACUUCCAUGCUCUUGGUGCUGGUGUAAUUGAGGAGGUCCGGGUCCAGCGAGAUAAAGGCUUCGGUUUUGUGAGAUACAGUAAUCAUGCUGAGGCUGCACUGGCUAUUCAGAUUGGAAAUACCCCGUCAUAUCUUUGUGGUAAACAAAUUAAGUGCUCUUGGGGUAGCAAACCAACACCAUCUGGAACAACUUCAAACCCACUCCCCCCGCCUGCAGCUGCACCUUUACCUGGCCUUUCUGCCACUGAUCUUUUGGCCUACGAGCGACAACUAGCCAUGAGCAAGAUGGGUGGUGUUCAUGCACUCAUGCACCCUCAGGGGCAGCAUCCUCUUAAGCAGGCAGCAAUGGGAAUGGGUACGGCUGGAGCAAGCCAAGCUAUAUAUGAUGGUGGGUUCCAGAACAUUGCUGCCGCCCAGCAGCUCAUGUAUUACCAGUAAUAUACACAAUUGAGAGUUUGGCUACAUGGUGAAACCUGUAUUUCCUGCCUUUGACAGAAUUUAUUUGUCUGUAAACCUCUAGGAAACUUUAUGUUAUCUUCUUUUUUCUUUUUUUCCAACGGUGAGGUUGUUCCCUAUAUUUUCACGUGCUUAUUUUCUGUAUGGAUAUAUGUAUCCUCGUUUAUGUUGUGUUCUCUACACCGCAGCGUUGAGUGAUUAUGAUUAUUAGAGGUAAUUAAUGCAUACGAUCUUCUCAUGUUGAAGGUUUUUUAAGAGUAACAAUUUCUCUUUUUAGAGAAUGUAUAAAUUUUUCCGAGCUAUAUUAGUUGAUUUACCCUUUUUAUGGGUUAUAUUAAUUUACCUUUACCCA